CAUAUCGAAGUGGAGGCGAGUUGGAGUUUCCUCCUCUCUCUAGGGUUUGGGGUUUUUCGGAUCUCCGUGGUCAUCCUUUCCGAUGGCGAACGGGAGCGGUCGAUCGAAGGGGACGGUGAAGUGGUUCAACGGGGCGAAGGGGUUCGGCUUUAUCACGCCGGACGACGGCGGCGAGGACCUCUUUGUUCACCAGUCCUCGAUCAAGGCGGAGGGAUACCGGAGCCUCGCGGAGGGCGAGGCCGUGGAGUUCACCAUCGCGGAGGGCGACGAUGGCCGCACCAAGGCCGUCGAUGUCACCGGCCCUGAUGGAUCCAGCGUCCAGGGCGGCGGCCGAAGGGAUGGAUUUGGAGGUGGAAGUAGCCGUGGUUAUGGAGGGGGGUACGGGUUUAACGGUGGCGGAGGCAGGAGCGGCGGAGUGAGAGGGGGGGGUUUCGGUGGCGGCGGAGGUGGUUACAGUGGCGGCGGAGGUGGUGGUGCCUGCUAUAACUGCGGUGAGACUGGUCAUCUGGCCAGGGAUUGCUAUAAAGGCGGCAGCGGAGGUGGUGCCGCCUGCUAUAGCUGUGGAGAGACUGGUCACCUCGCUAGGGAUUGCUAUAAGGGUGGCAGCGGAGGUGGUUCUGCCUGCUAUAAAUGUGGUGAAACUGGUCAUCUGGCUAGAGAUUGCUAUAAAGGCAGCGGCGGAGGUGGCGGUGGAUCAUGCUACGCCUGCGGCGAAAUGGGUCACUUCGCUAGGGAAUGCCCGAGCGCGAAGUGAGAUCUACCGUCUCUAAUCCUUCCUUCCCUUUUUGGCCUUUUUAUAUCUUUUUUCCCCAUCUAAUAGCUCAGUUUUUUGGAUUGUUAAUGAGGGGUUUUAUCCUUUCUUUCUUUCUUUUUUCUUUUUUCUCUCCCUUUAAAAUGGAUUUUCUGGAAAUGGUCUUUGUUAUUUGUGGUCUGUUUUGGUUUUCCUAUUGGGGUCUUGUUUUGGGGUUGGGGGAAAACAGAACUCAAAUGGUGUAUACACUCUUUGAAUGUGUCUCUCUUACAUCUCUUCUUUUUUUUUUUUCGAUAUACAUAUGCCUUAUAUUUUAAUUGUUUGGUUCCGUUUGGUUUGAUGUUUUAGUUCUUCUUGAUCUCUUGGCCUACUAAAAACUUAUCUGUUGCUUUCUUGUUUCUUAUGUUUAAUUUCAUCUGGUGUGAAUUUUGGUCAAUAGUUUUGGACAUAUGUAUAUAUGCCUUUUCAAAUAUUAGGAUAUUUUUUUAAUGGGAAAUAUGGUCAAGUAAUCAGUUGAUUCCAUGGCAUAUGCUGGAGGUGAUGCCUUUGCCUUUUGUCUGUGUUCUGCCACCUUUUCGUGCGGAGCUAUCAUUUCUAUCUAGAAAAGUUGGGGCAUGGUUUUAUUUUGGUUCCCAGUUGCAAAGGUGUUGGGAACUUGAUUGCUGUAAAGUAGGAUGGGGGAGAAUCUUGCUUAAGAAUGUUAAGACUGGUUGGUAGCAGUCUUGUUUUUAAAUAAUAUCUCAUGCUGGUAUGCGCCCUUUUUGCAGAGGAACUUGUCCAGACAUUAAAAAGUAAAAUCAAAAGGGAAUGUGUAGAAGACCAAUUUUUACAAGAGUUUUGCUUGAUAUCCUUUUUGAUC